CAAUCAGUGGGCAGGAACAGUGACAUCACCCCGGCUAUUUAAGAAGUCAUGGCAACACAAGAACCUGCACUAGACUGGAGGAUUUUAGAGUAUUGAGGAAGAGAACGCGCAUCCCAGGGAACAAGCGAUAACUGACUGAUCACACCAUCAGUCGAACGAGAAGGGACAUUGUUUACCAAGUUGCGGAGACGCCAGCAGGCAAAGGGAAGAAGGCUGCUGGUUGUGUGCGUGAAGGGGACAUAAGCCCUGACACUUGUAGGGGCAAAAAGAGAGAGAGAGAACUUCACGCUUGUCCUCCAGAGUCCAGGAGGGGGACGGACUGACUGUGUUUUGUGUUAUCUCUCACUCUGUGCCCCAGCCUCCAGCCUGUGAGAGAGAAUCUGCCCCUCUAUAUGUCUACAAAGAUGGAGCAGCCUUUCUACCACGAUGACACCUUCCUGGGGGGCUACGCGAGCGCCGAGGGCGGUCUGCACGAUUACAGCUCCAAGUACCUGAAGCAGAACAUGAGCCUGAACCUGGGCGAGCCGGCUCGCCCGCUGAAGCCCCACCUGCGGGGCGCUGAGGAGCAGCUGCUGGGCGCCCCCUCGGCUGCUGCCACUGCCGCCGACGUGGGGCUGCUGAAACUGGCGUCUCCGGAGUUAGAGCGGCUCAUUAUCCAAUCCAGCAACGGGGUGAUCACCACCACGCCCAGCCCAGGCCAGUAUUUCUGCGGACGGAACAUCACGGACGAGCAGGAGGGAUUCGCCGACGGCUUCGUCAAAGCGCUGGAGGAGCUGCACAAGAUCAACCAUGUGGCGCCCAAUGUAUCCAUCUCGUCCAGCCCGGGCAUGAGUUGCACUAGCGCCGCCCCCGUACACGGCGCUUACGGUUCCUCCGAGGUACCGCCGGUGUACACCAACCUGACCGCUUACAACGCAGGAGGCAGCGGCGCCGGGACCGCCGGCUACCCCAGCGCCACCAUCAGUUACCUGCCCCAGCCUCACGCCUACGGCGGUAGCCCUCUGCCCCCGGUAGGAGGCGUCCAACUCGGCGGUCCGCCGCCACCUCGGCUCCAGCGCCUGAAGGAGGAGCCGCAGACCGUGCCCGAGGUGCAGAGCCGCGGCGAGACGCCGCCGCUGUCUCCCAUCGACAUGGAGAGCCAGGAGCGCAUCAAGGCCGAGAGGAAGCGCAUGAGGAACCGGGUGGCCGCCUCCAAGUGCCGCAAGAGGAAGCUGGAGAGGAUCGCCCGGCUGGAGGACAAGGUGAAGACGCUGAAAUCGGACAACGCCGGCUUGGCCUCCACCGCCACCGUGCUGAGGGACCAGGUUUCCCAGCUCAAACAAAAAGUCAUGACUCACAUCAGCAGUGGCUGCCAGAUAGUAUUAACUCAGAAAAUACAGGGUUUCUGAGAAAAAGCGGACUGGGCAAGCCGGAGAGACUAUGAGCUUAAAAUUUUUUCAGGAAAAAAGAGAGGAGGGAGUGAAAAGGAAAUCUUUUUUUUCUCUAAUGACACUGGAACUCCCUUGAAAGUUGCAUGUGGUUCGGUUGUGAGGCGUGUUGAGCGUAACAAACGCUGACAUAAGUCUGUAAUACCAGAUAACAGGAAGAGAUCUAACUGUCCACAUCGGUCAAGCUAGCACAGGAGAAACUUUUUAUUUAAAAAAAAUGGUCAUUUUGUUCUUUGUCUUAACUAAAGAAGGACGGUGACGUUUCUCUCUUGAAGCUGCACAGUUAAUUUGUAAAUUCCUCUUGUUUUUUUGAAAAAAAUGUUGUUUUAGUUUGUAACAAACUCAGUUCAAUUGUGUUUUUUUUGACAAGUUCUUAUGAUUUUAAGUAUUUAAGUAAAUAGUUUAAACUGUGAAA